CAGUCGUGAACAGACUUUCGGCGGUGCGUUGUUGUGUUAUGUAGAAUUUUGUUCCUAGAUGUGGCAUACGAUCGUCGAAUUUUUCUAUGGUGCUGUUUGUGUGUUCUCGCUAUAAACGUGCGACCCAGUGACGGAAGUGCUUACCAUGUGAAUUGUUGAUUGAGUUUUUUUUGUACCAUGGUUGACAACAGUUGCAUUAUAGAGGGAACCGUCAAGUUUAGGGAUGGAAAAAAGUGGAAGUCAAGAUGGUGCGUCAUGAGGAAACUGUCACCGGUUGCAGACUGCCUCCACCUCCAACUGUAUCGCGACUCGAAAGACCGAUACAAACAAGGACAAACCAAAGCAUCUCUGUCCCUCCAACACUUCCUGGGCUUGGAAACUGGAUUUACCCUAGAUAAAGAAUCCAACACGGUCGCCAUUUUGUGCCAAGAUGUAGUUGUUGUGCUGGCUUUCGAUAACAGAGAACGUUUGAUGCAGUGGCAGGUCAAAUUAAGUUCGCAUUUGGGAGACGGUCCACAUUUCCUUGUUCUUGUGUCUUCUGCUCCGCCCAAGUCUCGGUUACCUCCAGGCCCAGCGAGACUCCAUGUCCAGGAAAGAGGUUUUUGUUUGACGGCCGGUGUUCCUCCUAGAGUUGCAGGCGAAUGGCUCAUCAGUAAUCUAAGGAGAUACGGUGUGGUCGAAGGGAGAUUUUGUUUUGAGGGGGGUUCCAGGUGUGGGAAAGGGGAAGGUUUGCAUGUUCUGUUAACCGAUCAGGGAGAAGAAAUUACGUCUACAUUGAAAGUGGCCGCUGUUGGACAACUACAUUCCUCGCGGAGAAGACCCGUGUCGAGAAAUAUGUCAGUAAUGGAUAGUCCGAGACGUCCGACACUUCGACCAGACUGCCGAGCCACAGUGGAACUGAGCGAUUCGUCCAUCCUUUCCCGCGCAGAGUCUCCUUACACCGACUUAGAAAGCAAUUAUGGUUGUGGUGAUAGUAUUUCGAAUGAUGGUUGGGGCGUACCACCGAUAGAACGCUGCAUGAGUUGUAUUAGUAAACUUGGAGCGUUGUCUAGAUCGUCAACAGCAACGGUGACGAUAUCUGUACCUUGUUGGGAACACACGUGUGAUAGGCAUUCGAUCAGCAGCGGGUCCGACAGCAGCGGUUGGAGUCAGGCCGUCACCAAGCCCCCAGCGAGACCCCCGAAACCCGGUACUGUGGCUGUGGCAUCACCCAAAAAACCUCCGGCACCGGUACCCUCGUGCUAUGACAAUUACGACAUUCCUAAAAUACCUUAUCCGGUGGAACCAAAGUUGGACGAACAUUACGACACCCCGCGCAAGUUGAAGGAAUGCUUGUUCGACACUGUCCACAAACCAUGCGGUUGCAUAGUGAGAAUUAGACAACCGGAGCCAGAAAGGCCUUGCGUUUGCCAACGUUUGAUGUCGUGUUGGUCGGGGGACGAAGACAUAAGCGCCCUCUACGCUACCGUCGAUAUGAGUAAGAAGUGUCAGAGGAAUCAGACUGCGAUCACUACUGCCAACUAUGCCAACGUAACUCCGUUGUCGACGACUGCGGCGACAACUUCUUCUUCCAAUUACGAAAACAUGGAAUUUGCUCAAACCCUCAAACUAUACGAAAAUAGUAAAGAAAUCGGAGAUAAAGCCAAAGCGUUGUGUAGUAAGUGUGGUCACGCUCAAGACGACUACCUCAUGAUGGAACCCUCUCUGAAGCCGCCUCAGCCGCACCCUGGCUAUAUACCGAUGUCCCCGGCGGUGAAGCAGCGCCUAGGUAAAGCUUUUUCUAGUAGUAACCCGAACUUGGCCCCGACUCUGGAUCGCUCGAACAAGCCCUCCGGUUCUGCCAUGCUGCAUGCCAACGUCUACCAGCGCAAACAACUCCUCGAUUCCACCGAUAAUUUGGAUUUGAAACGCAGGCGCUCCAACUCUGCCGAUUCCUCAAGUCGUUGCGAAGAAGUCGAAACAUCUCCGUGCCAUUGUACUCAGUCUAUUGCCGUUAGAAGGUCGUCUUCAGUUCCUUGUAAAUCAAACCGCGAUUCUUCUAGUUCUAACGAUUCGGGCGUGUUCGAGUUACCACACAAGACACGGCUGUGUACGAUUUCUACGUUACCUAGACGUUCGAAAUCAUCUGAUCCCCUCAGAGACCUGAGUUUCCAGUUUAAUAAGGCUGAUGGGAAGUCGGCGAGCGCCGAAGCUGAAGUUCCAGUGUGUCCGUCGGGAUCUACCAGCAGCGGUACCUCGGACAUGUCCGAUUAUUUUGAGACGCUGUCCUUGUCAUCGCACAGUUCAAAUGAGGCUCCUCCACCCAGCUGUACUCUCAGACCGAGGUCUGGAAAUGAGUACCUUAGCUUGCAGAGGCUCAUAGUACCCGUUCCCGAAGAACGACAUAACUAGUCUACAAAUAGGAAGCAAUAAAUAUUACAGUAUCUAGUACAACAUUACUAUGAUUAUACUUAUACAUGUAAUCUUUUCUGUAAAAAGUAUUACUUUAUAAUAAAUUAUUCGCUGAAGGA